UCAGUAAACUGACACUAGAUAGCGCUACUUAUUAUUCCAACAUCUUUCCAUCUCAAGGAAAAAGGAAAAUAUCCAAAAGUAUCCUUUAAAAGAACAGUUCUAUAGCUGAAAAUGACGGAAGUAGAUACAGAUAUCGCUGAUAUUGUUAAAAGGGAAACACAUUUCCAAGAAUACUUUAAGAACUUUUCAUCACAAUUAAUGAAACUUAUUGACCAGGGUGAAAUUGUAAAAUUAUGUAACAACGAUAUUCUUAUCGAUACAAGUUUACUUCAAGAUCAUUUGUCCUCAAAGUCUUCGCUGUUUCAAGUUGAAUCUCUUCAAGAUUUUGAAACAAGUCUUGGCAUCCUUGGCUUCCAUCUCAGAGAACAUAAUGAAUACCAAAAAUUACGAUUUUCAAACUUAACUUUCAACCUAGGAGGGUCAACUUUCAUUGGUAAUUGGAAAAAGAUAUUAAAAAAGGAUUCAAAGCCUACGAAGAAAAUUCAUUGCAUAAAAAAUCUUCAAUUUCUAAAACGUCUUUCGGAAAAGCACAAAUCUAAUAAAGUUAAACUUUCGAGACUGGAUCUUGCUAAAAUUAAAUUACAAUUUGCACUUAGAAAAACAGUGAAACCAUUGGAAGUUGGUGAAGAAUCUCCAAAGAUUGAUGAACCAGAUUAUGUCAAAAGUAAUGAAAUUGCUGGGUAUUACGGAGAAGUUUCCAUCGAUCAAUUAAAAGUUGGAUUUCAACAUCUAUAUCCUGUUUAUGAUGAAAAGUCUCCCGAAGUCUCGAUAAUGGACGAAGAGCCAAUAUUCGUUGACGUUGUUCGGGAAGAAGUUGUUCCACUUCAAUCUUCUCCACCAAUAACAAAGCCAAAGAAAAAAUAUGCAAAAACAUCAAAAACAACUCGUACAGCUAAGAAGGAAGUUUCUGACGCUCUUUUGUUCCUACACAAGGAAACUGUAAAGAUCUUCAACAUUCAAUUUAUGACUUUGACACUCAAUUUGAGCUCGAUUGAUGAGAAUACGUGCAUCGGCGUGAUAAGUUUUGUGAUAUUCUUCUAUUUUAAUUGUUCUAUGGCCCUGCAGAGGAAAUUACCUACAAAAAUAUUUCAAACGACAGCCCAUUCACAGAAAGUAUCAUGCCUAGAUAUCGGUGAAACCGGCAGAGUUCUUGUGACUGGAGGCCAAGAUCGUCUUGUCAAUCUUUUCGCAAUUGGCAAUGACAAACCAAUUCAGUCACUUGACGGUCAUCAUUCUCGUGUCGAAUCCGUUCGAUUCACCAAUAACGACGACUAUGUUUACUCAGCGGAUGAAAAUGGAAUCAUCAAAAAGUGGGAUCUCAAUAAUUGCGACAACAAUUCGACCUUCUAUGGACACAUGAAAAGUGUGAAAAGUUUAGAUUUUCAUCCUUACGGUGACUAUUUAGUGUCUGGAAGUCACGAUACAAGCGUUAGAUUAUGGGACACAAAGAACAAUGAGUGCAUUAAAAAGUACCGCGGGCACAUAGCGAACGUAAAUUCUGUGAAAUUUUCACCCGAUGGUUCGUGGAUUGCAUCGGCCGGUACAGAAGGUUCCGUCAUUAUAUGGGACGUUAGAAUGAGCAAUAAAAUACUCGAGUUUAUCGAAAAUGGUUCUCCCGUCACUUCUUUACAAUUUCAUCCAUAUGAGUUUCUCAUGGCUGCCGGUCGUAACGAUGGAAGUGUCGAUUUAUAUGACUUGGAAAGUAAACAAAUGAUAUCAAGAAUUGAACGACGCGAAGCAGGAGGAAAUUCAGUUAAAUGUAUAACAUUCAGUGACAAUGGCGAUUGUUUGUUUGUUGGAACGACUCAGAAUAUCUCGGUGUUGGGUUGGGAGCCAGACCGUGAAUUUGAUCGGAUUGAGUCGACGUGGAGUCAUCUUGGAGACAUGAAAGUUCUCAAUGGAAAGCUUAUUUGUGGAGGAUUUGAGAAUCGAAUGGUUUCUGUCCACGCAAUCAGUCUCGACAAAGUGAUUCCCUUUUAUAAUCCUGCCAAUGUAGUCUUCAAUCAUCAACAAAGUUCGAGGAAAUCAUUCAGCAAAGGUAAUGGAAAAUUGCGUUUAUCACUUGACAAAACAAAAUCAAAUGGAAGCAAGACAAGUGAACUGGCGCUUGACAGUGGUGGUUUAUCGUCACCAAACCUUUCAAUUGAAAUGAUUGAUGAAGAAAUGGAACCUUUAUCAUUUCCAAUGCCAACCACUGAUGAUAAUCAAUUUGAGUUUUAUGCUUUAAGCAAAUAUAAGAACGCAAUUGACUAUGGAAACAAUCUCACAACAAAUGGGACAGGGGAAGAGAAGUAUCAGCUCAGUAAGAUAAUUAAUGAAGAUCAUCAAGAAUCGACGACGAUUGUUCAUGGAUUUCCAUUGCCUGAUCCUGAUGGAUUCAAUUACAAGCCGACAAAUAUCGAUGGUUACAGCAGUGACUUAGAUUAUUAUUCACCAAAUCGUUUCAUCCUUUCGAAUGUGUCAGCACACGAAGAUUUCACUGUAAAAAGCGCACAACAACCAGACUAUGCCCCAAAAUUGCCUACAACAAAUGUGAAACCAAUGACAGCAAAGCAAAAGAUGCUUGAGAAUCAUGACAAGCGAAGAUCGUCACCGCCUGGUGCUGUUCGACCGACAAAUCUGAGAAAGAACAACAGCGUUAGUACCGUGGACUUGAGUAAGAUUGAUGAGCAAUUUUCAAGUAUUUCUACGUCGAGUCGCAAGCCAAUUUCUCGUGGAUCAUCACCAAUCAGAUCGUCAGCAAAUUCAAAGAUUCGGAAAAGUGAAUCGUCAUAUCAAGUGAAAAAUCAGAACCAGAAAAACCUCACCGUACAAUUCUUUACGAAGCCGCAACGCUCAAAAACAGCAAUUGAUAUGAAAUCAAAUAAUCGAAGUUCAAUUCCAAGAAGUGUUCAACCGCCACCGGUGGUUGCGCAUCUUCCACCUUCACAUAACAUUCAGCCAAUGUCAAUUCCAACAUCUUACAAUCCGACAAUGUCAUAUGAACAACAUAAUUAUAACAACAGCGGCAGCUUUGAGACAUCAAGUGAAGCUCAUGAACUGCAAAAUGUGUCGACUGGUCACGAUACAAUCUUCAACACGUUGUGCAAUCGAAUAACAAGUUUGGAUAUGAUAAGAAAUCAAAUGAGAACGCAAGAUUUACUUGCAGCUUUGAGAGCAGCAGCGAGAAUAAAAGACGAUUCGGUGAUUGUUGACUUCCUUGGUGCAAUUCUCGAGAGAAAUGCUGCUUGGACACUCGACAUGUGUGUGUUGGUUCUUCCGAGUAUCUUCGAACUUCUACAAAGCGAUUAUAAGUUCCAUUGCCAACGAGCUUGCGAUAGUCUGAGAAUUAUUAUAAAAGAAUUUCUGCCAAUAAUUCAAGCAAACUGCGAUCCGUGGUCGCCUGCAAGGAGUCUUGGUGUUGACAUAACCCGCGAAGAGAGAGCACAAAAGUGUUUGGAAUGUCGUAGUUGGCUGCUGAAGAUUCGAUGUUUGCCAGAGAAUGAUAAGAUUGGAAAUUCCCUUCAACCUCUUCAAAACAUGAUUGUUGAUAUUUGAAACAAUUCUAGAGCAGCUUCAGGUUUUUUAAUUAUUAUUUCUUUAUUUCUUGUUGACUUUCUUUCGAUCUUUAUUCGCUCGCUUAAAGCCAUUUUUUAACAAAAUAAUAAAAUUUAUCUUUAUUUUUAAAUUAAAUUCCUUUGUCUCGUCUGUCAUUGUAAAUGUCAUUGACUUACUUUCUAUGAACUGGAGAACAUACAUUUUGCUAUAAUUAAGACUGAUAAAUUAACAAAUGUAAGUUACGAGAACAAAAGUUCUUCAAAAGAAACAAUUUUGUGAGUUCUUUAACAUCGCGAACCGUCCAAAAAUUUUUUUUUUCUGUCAUUUAAAAUUUGAAUAAUAAUUUACGUCUUACGAUUAAUCACAAUAACAUGCGUGGGUGUGAAAAUAUUUUUUUAAAUUUUUGUUUUGUUUUGAUUGUUCUCGAAGAACGAAGUUUCGUCAAUGAGAUUAAUUUGGCAGAAUUUGAAGUAAAAAAAAUAUCAGAAAUCGAUUAGUGAACUAAGCUUGAAGGAAGACAAGAUUUAUUCAAUUAACUGAGACCAUCUUAAGACAUUGCUCAAUAAAUAUAAAGAAACAUGACAUUCUUGUCGGCAACGUUUGGUUGUUUCUAAAAUUAUUUAAUCAGAAAUCUUUCUCAGUCAUUUAAAUUAAAUUAAUUGGCUGACUAAUUGAUAUCAAACUUUCCUUAAACUAAAAGUUUAUUUAAGAAUCUUCCCACAUUUCAACUUCACAAGACAAUAAACAAUAUUUUAACGUGAUAAUUUUAAUAAAAAAUAAUUUCUUUCGGCUUUCUUUUGAUUAUUUUUAUUUUUUUCUGCGAUUACAAAUUAAAAAUUCACAACAAAGAUGUUUAACCAAAAAUAACAAAAUUAUUUAGAACGUGAAGAGAGGAAAAUUACUGACCUUAAUUUAAAUAAAAAAAGACAAUUUAAGAAGUUUCUUUCCAUUUAUGAAUGCCAUAAAGUCAAGACCAGAAAAAGUUUGAAAAAUUCCAUUCGCAAUUUAAUUUAAUUUCAUUUCCAAAUGGCAAAAGAAGUAAAAAAAACAAAUUUCAAUAAUAGGAGAAAAUUAUUUAAUUUAAUUAACAGCAUAUUAAACAACACUUCAUAAAUUUCGCACGAUUUGAUGCAAAAAGUGAUAUGAAGGAGAAGAAAUAAUUUUACUAAUCUAACAAAUUAAGUUAAAGUGACUAAUAAUGAAACUUCCAUGUUGGAGAUGUUGAAAGUGCCUUCACAUGAGAUAAAAAUUUCUCCAGGUUUUUGUUUUCUUACAAAUCUUUACAAAGAUUUAAAGCUUUUCUAGCAUUGACUCAAAAUCAGCUGAAUUUUAAAGUGUUUUUAAUCCCAUAAAAUGUUUCAUUGCUUUCAAGUGAAGCCAUUCUCGUUUAACCGUCAAUUCCUUCCUUUCAUAACAUCACACAUUAGCUUAACAUUAGUUAUAUAAAUUAAUAUGAAAAUUAUUCCUCAACAUAUCAAGGAGAGAAUACUUGAAAAGUGAAUCGGCCUCAAGAAGAAAACAAAUUAAAAGAUUGAAAAAGAAACUAAAUUGCCUUCGAAAAAGUUUGUAGACAGGAAAAUUGUUUUGAUAAGUUGUAAGAAGUUUUCAUGUCACUCAGAAGCAAGUAAACAAUCCUUGUAGAAAUGCAAUUGGCGAUCAAUUUAAAUGAAAAUUCGAUCGGAGUGUGCAAAUUAUUUGUAAUGCAAAUCAGUCGUUUAUCUUUAUCACCUCACUGAAUCCUAAUAACUUUUAAUUUAAUGUUCAAUUAAUCAUUAAGUUAAUAAUCUCGUGUGUAUGAAUGAAUGAAAGAUCAAUUUUCGCGAACUUAAUCAAAAAUCGAAGAUAACUUUUAUGUAAUUAAAUUAAAAGAGAUCCCAAUUUAAGUUAUUUGAGACUAAACAAAACUUUUCAUCAUUUGUAUUUGAUUUUUCCUUUAAGAAAACUUUAUUAAUUUAAUUGAAGGAAAUAUAAACAUUAAAUAAAAUAAUUAAGAAUAAUCCAAUAAUUUAGAUGUUAAGAAGAUUUGUAUAAAAAACAUAUGAAAAUGAUUAAUUUAAUUAACCCAAUUGAAUCGAAAUAAUAAAAAGCAGUGAAUUUUAUAAUGAAUUAAAA